UUUUCCGUACCUACAACUUCACAUUAGUCCGUCCAACUCAAGCCUCGAAUGGAAAUUUUACAAAAAUACUAUAUAUAUAGCAAUAAUUCCCUUCCUUUCCCCACGCUUCAGUAGCAGUAUUUCAGAGUUUUUGGUUAGUUCAUCAUGUAUCGUCAUGUGACUUGAUUCAAGAUUUUUGAUUCGAGCGUUUUGAAACCUGCAGUAAUCAGUAAUCAGAAUCUACCUGUAUUGAUGCAGUGUGGUACUGUGGCAGCAUCCACUCUUCGAGGCAUCCUGAAAACCUGGUUUUAUUGUCAGCGCUCGGACAUAGUGCCAACUGCGAGCAGCGAUCCACGCCACCUUCAGGAAGCUUGAGUUUUCUUUCCGUAUCGAUCAUGGCUGCAAACGGGAUGGAUUGGUACGAGCAUCCUGUUGAUCCCGAGGACGUCGUCCCCGCCGCGGCCGUUUACGACGGACCAGUGGCUGAUGCAGCUGUGAACGGCGCUGACGAAAAUGACAGUUUAGUGUGGCCUGAUGAACUGGAUCGUUCCUUCGGGUCCCCGAUGACUGAGGAAGAACCUGUGGCUCAGCAGGCACCAACGGGAAGUAAGAAGAGUCCCGGUGCAACCAGUAAUCCCCAGACCAAGCAUCCGCAGAAAGUGCGCGAUGGAAAACGCGCAUCGUUGGCAACUGUCAGUCCCAACCAUCCCUCGGAAUCGCGGAAGACCGUUAAGGCGUUUAUUGAUUCCGCGUGGGAUGCCAUCAGGAUGCGCGAUGGGGUUCUGGCCUCCUCCAGUGUCCUGGAACUCUACAAGGAGUUGCGUAAAUUAAUGGAGCGGCCAAAUACCCGGGAAAGCAUGGUGAAAAUGAUUCAGCAGAUGGUCGCGUUCCUCCCUCCCAUCACCGACUCCUCCAUACCCGACCGGGCCAGUGUGAUGAACGCUCUAUCGGAUUUUUACCAUCGCUACAGCGUUGAAAUGUCCGAUGGAGUGGCGCGAGUGGAGAUUACCGACGAGAUACAGCGCGAUCUCUUAGAUAUCUUGAGAUUCAUUAUGCCCUGCACCCAUCCCGAUGACAAUAUGACGGGACAGUAUGAAGUCCUCCUGGAAGCACACUUCUCCGAAAAUCCCCUGGUGAUGGUAUCGGCUACCCAGUGUCUGACCUUCCUGGGGGAAGUGCACAAACAACCCCUCCCCCGCCUCUUCGCCGAGAACGCCCCGCUGUACGGCGCCGUCUUAGCCGUGAUGUUCCUGGGGGAAAGUGAGCAGGACAUCAAGACGAUGGUGACGACGUGUCUGCGCAUGUACCGCUUAUCCGGCACGGUACAGGACUGUCUGCGGCUGUUGACGCCCUUUCUGUUCAAAGCCCUGCUGCUGGACGGCUCUGAAGAAGCCCGCGAGGAGAUGCGGCAUCUGGCGCGGGUGUAUGGCAGUUCGCUGGAGAAGCAUCUGUCGGAGUUUCUGGAGCUGUUUCUCCCGCAGCUGCUGGUGGAUGCGCCCACUCCGGAGGUGCUGGAACGCGGAUUGAGUAUUGUGGAGGAGGAGACGCACCGCACGCGGCUGGAUCUGCUGGCGGCGGAGAAUCACUGGGUGUACCAUAAGAUCUUCCUUAAUCUCAGCGAAAAACCGGAUGAUGUGAUGCGGGCCAUCCUUUUUCUGGCCAACGUGCAAGGCCACCACUUCGACACCCGGUCAGAGGUGGAUCUGGACGCGCUGGCCUCCUACAUUGAGCCGCGUUUCCUGGGCUUUUUCUUCGAAGCGGACCGCGUCUUCAAGGACCCGGAGAGCAGUCUGAAGGCCCGACGGAAAGUGCUGCUCAGUCUGGCCCAGUUGAUCAAGUUCAUGGGACCGCAGCGCACGUCGGCGGUGCGCAGUAAAUUGCUGGCCACCCUCAAGACCGUCUUACAAACGGCCCCGGUCAAGUUGCAGCCGGCCUGCUUCGACGCGUGGACCGCGUUUGUCGAGACACUGGAAGUGGCGGCGCUCAAACCCAUUCUCUGUGAGAUCGUCAUCAUCAUUACACCGUUUGUUCACACGUGUUGCGCCCAGGUGGUGGCCUUGCUGGAGCAUCUCGUCCGACAAGAUAAACUGCGCAACCAUCUGCCGGAUCUCUUCGUGAUCCCCGACAUUCCGGAGCUCAAGUUCGUGCGGGAUAUUCUGGCGCAACAUGGCGGCUGGUCGCCCAAGCAGGACGGUUCCCUGGCCGAACAGCUGGCCGAGGCGAUCCAGAGCAUCAAUCCGGAAGGCAACGCCGGCCGCAUCACGGCCCUGCACAGCCUGACCCUCCCGCCCACCGCCAGCAAUCUCCUGCGCAUCCCCCAUAUCGAGGCCAAGCAGUACGCGCUCAAAAAGCUCAAACUGCUCAUCCGCAAUAACCAGGAGAAUCUGUACACGUUGGUGUCCAACUCCGAUCAGCGCCAGCAACACUUACAGGCCACCUCGGGCGACGUACAGGGUCAGCAGGAGAUCGUCGUCAAACUGUUGAACGCCCUGGUGGCCGGGUGUCGGGAUGCACAUGUGAUGGCGGAGCGGAGGAGUUUCGCCGAGGUGUUGGGAUGUAUUGGUGCCCUCGAUCCCGAUUUUGUGGAGAUUCCUGAGCAUUGUGAUACCGGCAGCCGACUGCUGUUCAACAUCCACCAGAAGGAGUUUGCCUGCAGUUUCUUGAAAGAACUGGCCAAGGGCUACGUCACCGCCGAGAAGACCUCCAUCCAGGACCACUGCGGCUUUGUCAUCCAAGAAGCCCUGAAAUUCUACCAUCUGAACGAGGACUACUAUUCCACGCAGGAUUUUGACACGGAACUGUGGGAGCUGUUGGGACGCGGGCAGGACUACCGCGAGACGCUGGAACCCUUCCGCAAGACCAAGUACACGUACGCCGAUGACGAGCUGACCCAAACGCAGUUAGCGGUCCCCAGCGGGAGCACCGCCGGAGUGCCGCGGCCGGUCUUCGGGACGCAGGGCGGCGCCGCGUCGUUCAGUAUGUGGAUGCGCCAGUGGACGGUUAAUCUCAUCGAUAGCAUCAGCUGCCAGACGGAGACGGCCAACUUCUUCCGCAAAUGCGGCAAAUUACUGCUAGACGAUCUCAACCGCUGCGUCAUCCUCCUGCCGCAUAUUGUGGCCUAUCUGCUGCUGUUUGAGAGUCCCCCUGUGGCCGAUAGUAUCAGGACGGAAAUUGUGACAGUCCUGGAGUCGCACGAGCGCGAUCUGCAUUUGAACAUGCAACAGUAUGCGACGUACGCGGUGAUGGAUUUGCUGGAUUUCUUGAAUCAGUUCAGCUACGACAAGGGCACGGUGACGUAUGUGCGCCGCGAACGGAUGCACUUGGCACCGGAGGCCGCCAGUGCGACGGAAUGCAAGAAGCUGGUGACGCUGCGCAUCCGCGACUUCCUCGGGUCCAUCUCCGAGGAGAGCAUGGCCAAGGCCUGCUUCAGCUGCGGCACCUACGCCAAGGCCCUGCAGCACUACGAGAACUUCAUCCGCCAAAAAGAUUCCACCAUGCUGCAAUGGCGCGGUAACCAGGAACAGGUGGACUUCCUGCAGACCAUCUACGUGUCACUGAACGAGGCGGACGGUAUCCGCGGCGUCAACGACUGCCGCACGAGCGCCCCGUCCAUCGAGGAUCUGGUGGUGCGCCAUCGCAGCAGCGGCGCCAUCCAGGACGCCCUGACCUGCUACCAGCAGCUGGUGCAGGCCAAACUCACCGAGGACAGCCCCAGCGCCGCGGCGGACUUGGCCUUCUACAACGCCGAAGUGGCGCGCUGUCUGCUGGAUUUGGACCAGCCGGCUGCGGCCAUGUCCUUCUGCGACGGGUUACUGGACGACAAUGCCGACUGGAUGGGCGAACUGAACCCGUUGCGCAUUGAAGCCGCAUGGAAGCUGGCGGAGUGGGGCGCGCUGGAGCGCUAUCUGGAUGAUGAAAAUCAGCGUUAUGUAGCCUCCAGCAGCAGCCAGUGGAACGUCGGUGUCGGGCGACUGCUGUUGGCCGUGAAACAGCAGAGUAACAGCGUCUUCUGGGAGGUGCUGCAGGAUCUGCAGGGCUGUCUGAUGGGGCCCAUCUGUCAAGCCGGCAUUGAGACGCAGGCCUAUCACAAGGCGUACGAUCAUCUCGUUCUCCUACAUGUUCUACAGGAAAUCGAAGAAGCAGCAAUUACAUGGUUCGGCAUCACGCCCGAUCCCCAACUGCAAAUCAUUCCCAAGACCUCGGGCCAGCUGUUGGUCGAAUGGGGCUACCGUAUGGACAACGUGCAGCCGUCCUACAGCAACAUGCAGCGCAUCCUGACGGUGCGGCGUCUGCUGCUGGAGGCGACGGAGCGGGCAGAUGUGCGGAUGGAGAUGGGCAUGUGUCUGGUGCAGAACGCCAAGAUGGCCCGCAAAUUCCACCAUCUGCAGACGGCCUACAGUCUGGUCCUCAGCGCCAUGCCCCUGGUGCCCAUCGACGCUGCCCGCGAGCACGCCAAAUUCCUCUGGGCCAAGGGGGAGCGCGAGGCGGCCAUUGAUUCCCUGAAACGGGUGGUCCAGGUGGAAUCGUUCGCCUCGUUGGAUAAAGGCAUGCAGGCUCGAAUGAAACUGUUGACGGCACGCUAUCUGGACGAAUCCCAAACCGUCUCGGGUAAAGAGCUGAUGGACCGCUACAGCGAUGUGGUGGUGUUGGCGCCGGAGAUUGAGAAGAGCCACUUCUACCUGGGCCACUACCAUGACCGGGCGCUGGAGGCCAUGGAGAAGAACGCCGGCGGCGUGUCUAACGGCAAAACCGGCUCCAGUCUGGAGGAGAGGGGCAGCCGCACGCCAUUGGAAGAGCGGCCGGUCUGGGUGCGAUUGGAAACCGAAGGCGAACAGAUGUUGAAAGUGAUGAAGGAGUAUAUCAGCGCGUUGUCGCUUGGAUGCCGGUUCAUCCAUCAGUGCCUGCCGCGACUGCUGGGCCUGUGGCUGGACUUUGGCGCCGCCUACCAGAAGGUCUGCCAGAUGAAGCGCGGAAAACUGCAGUCGCCAACGGUGAAACUGCAGCAGAUCUUCGAGGACGCUCAGGCGCAGAUGCGGCGGGCCAUCAAGGAGAUCCCCAAGUACGUCUUCCUGGUGGCCUUCCCCCAGCUCAUCUCCCGCAUCUGCAACAUCAACGAAGAGGUGUUCGUACUGCUGAUGGAACUGAUCGUGACCGUCAGUCGGCAGUUCCCGCAGAUCGCCAUGUGGCAUCUGGCGCCGGUGUGCCGCUCCAAGAAACUGACACGCAAUCGCCGCUACAAGCGUAUCAUGGAAUACAUGAAAAUGGACAAGAACAACAUCGAUGUCAACCGGUUCUUCACGAAGAUGGAGGAAUUUCUGGAGCAGUGCGAGAUGCUGUGCAAUCUGCAGGUGCCGGGCCGCGCGGACACGGCGCUGCUGACGGAGUUUCCCGAGACGAAGCGGCUGGUGCGGCUGUUAGAGGACACCAGCUGGCUGCAUCCGCUGCUGCCCUUCCGCGCCUUCAUGACGCCGGCCCUGCUCAGCAGUCGGGUGGGGGGUGGACGGGAGGCGAUGGCCAGUCACAACGCCUUUCCCAUGCAGCCCGUCACCAUCUGCCGCAUCGAGAACGAUUUCUCCCUGCUUAAUUCGCUGCAGCGUCCUAAACGCAUCACCAUAAUCGAUUCGGACGGUCGCAGUCACGAUUUGCUGCUCAAACCCAAAGAUGAUCUGCGGAAGGAUUCACGUUUUAUGGAACUGGUGGAGUUGGUGAACAAGUAUCUGCGGCAGAACGCCGAGUGCCACCGGCGUCAGCUGCACGUGCGCGGCUACGCCGUGGUCCCGUUGAGCGAGGAGAACGGCAUCAUCGAGUGGGUGCCCAAUGUCCGGCCGUUGCGGCAGAUUAUCAUGGAGGGCUACAAGAAACAUCUCAAGAUUGACCUGCGCAACAGCGAUAUUGUGACGUUCAGCGCCAAUCGUUACGCACCCAUCGAGGAGCGACUGCGUCUGCUGGACACCAUGAACGCCCGCUACAAGCCGGUGCUGCAUCUGUGGCUGUCGCGGCAGUUCCCCGAGGCGUCGGUGUACUACGCCAGUCGGCUGAUGUACGCGCGCAGCUGCGCCGUCAUGAGCAUCGUCGGCUACAUGAUGGGAUUGGGCGACCGGCACUGCGAGAACAUCAUGCUGGACCAGGCCACGGCACUCACCAUGCACUGCGACUUCAGCUGCCUCUUCAACAAGGGCGAGGCGCUGGACUGGCCCGAACGUGUCCCCUUCCGACUGACGCAGAAUCUGGUGGACGCCAUGGGUCCGUUGGGUGUGGAGGGCUUCUUCCGGGAAGCGUGCGAGCUGACGCUCAGCGUCAUCCGCGAGCAGAAGGCCUCCCUGAUUAGUGUUCUGAAGACUUUUCUGUACGAUCCGCUGGUGGAGUGGCAGAGCAGUGGAUCCGGCGGCAAUAAUCGCAAUGAGUCGGGUGAGACGCAGAAUCAGGACGCGGUGGAGUGUCUGGAGCGGAUCCAGCAGCGCAUCCACGGCCACAUUGUGCAGCUGGAUCUGGACAAUGUCGGCACCGGCAGCGGCAGUUUCGCCGGGCGCCAGUCGGCGGCGCUGUCGGUGAAGGGCCAGGUCUCUUACCUCAUCCGCGAGGCCACGUGCCCGCGCCUCCUCUGUCAAAUGUACGUUGGCUGGUCGCCGUUCAUGUGAUGGAAUGGGAAUCCUUCGCUUACUUCUGGUUACUUUUGAUCUGUUUUCUUUUGCUCAUUUUGUACUAAUAAAUCUCAUUAAUUCGCUUUUUAACCGGUUUUUAAAGGUUUUUUUUUAUUUGCGACUGUUUUUAUUUGUCUUUUUGGAUGGGAAUUUUGUUAGAAUUUGAUAGGUCUUUCGAUAGGUUUUGCUCAUUUUCACUACACUGUCCAUUAAAAUUGAUUAAAUGGUUAAAUUGUGGAAAUUAGUCGGUGAAUGAGUGCACCCUAGUUUAGUGCCUAGCGGCUAGCGAAUCUGUAACACGCGCAAUU